CUUUUCCAAGCCGCAUCCACGACCUGAACCUCACCCCGUCUGCGCAAACUCGCUUCUUUUCACCAGCCCACCUCUGUGAAAGAGGACACUACGCCCACCAUGGCGGACACGACUAACGGCGGCGCUCCCAACAUCGCCGAGCAAUACAACCUCCUCCCAAAGCUCAUGCCAAAUCUCGACCGCCAUCUCAUCUACCCGCUCCUCAAUUUCUCCAGUGACGAAGAAGCCGAGCAGCCCCUCUCCCAAAAAAAACUCCUCCUCGAACUCCUCAAGCCGACCAACAUGACUGAUUUCGUCGGCCAGCUGUACCAAGAUAUCCACGACCUGGACGAGAUGCCCGACGAGUUCAAGAAGAAGCGGGACCAAGUGUUGCAGCGGCGCGACCAGCUCGAGGAGGACACGAGCAAGAUUUCCGGGCUGCUUGACGAUGAGAAUGUGGUGACCAAUCUUAGGAGCGACAAGGUGCAAAAUCUGGCGUAUUUGAAGGAGAACCAUGGCGUGGACGUGGCCAUGGUGAACCAGCUCUAUGAGUUUGGACAGUUUCAGUAUAGUUGUGGGGUUUACCCCCAUGCGGCGGAGUUGCUGUAUCGGUUCAGGGUUCUAUCCACAGACAACGACAAAGUCGCCGAAGCCACGUGGGGCAAACUCGCCUCGGAAAUCCUCUCGGUAAACUGGGACUCCGCAAUGGAAGAAAUUAACAAGCUCAAGGACUCGAUCGAAACGCGCCUUUUCGCCAACCCGCUCGCGCAGCUCCAACACCGCACCUGGCUAAUCCACUGGUCGCUCUUCCCGCUCUUCAACCACGAGCCCGUCCGCGACCAACUCACCGAACUCUUCUUCUCCCCAAACUUCAUCAACACUAUCCAAACAAACUGUCCCUGGAUCCUGCGCUAUCUCUCAGCCGCCGUCAUCACGAGUCGCAACCGCGGGCGGAACUCAAACCAGUACCAGCGACAGCUGAAAGACCUCAUUAGGAUUGUAAGGCAGGAGGGGUACGAGUAUUCAGAUCCUGUGACGGAUUUCAUCAAGGCGCUGUACAUCGAUUUUGAUUUCGUGGAGGCGCAGAAAAAGCUGAGUGAGACGGAGGAGAUUCUUAAGAAUGAUUUUUUCUUACUCGGGACCGCGGAUGCGUUUGUGGAUGCUGCAAGGCAUUUGAUUUCCGAGAGUUAUUGUAAGAUUCAUCAGAGGAUUGACAUCAAGGAUCUAUCAACCCGUCUCGGCCUCUCACAGGAUGAAGGCGAGAAAUGGAUUGUCAACCUCAUUCGCGACACACGUGUCGACGCCAAGAUCGACUACCAGGCUGGAACAGUCGUCAUGAAUCAUCCGCCACAGUCUGUAUAUCAGCAAGUCAUUGAGAGGACGAAAGGCGGCUUCUUUAGGACACAGGUCCUAAGUGCGGCUGUCGCGAAGUGAGCUAGUGUGUCGAGAAGCUCAUGAGGUUUGUUUUCUAGAGAGCAUGGUGGAUGCAUCUGUGAGGGGGCAUGCGCCUGGGGAUGGAUAUGAAAUGGGCGCUGCAGAAGGUGCGAUGUGGCGCUAUGCGAGCUUGAAGUGUGUGCGAUCUCCCGGUCGAAAAGUUCAGGUUUGAUUACCAUGCGACGGGAUGAGACGGGAUGAGAUGGGAUAGCUAUCAGGGGUUUUGUUCUCUCAUCGUGCUGCAUAGUUCAGGCGUGCAUGGUCAUGGAUCAGACUUCUUACGUUUAUAGAAGUGAUGGGUGGAAAGGGGUUAUGUAUGAUCUGCUAUGCUAUGCUAGGCAAC